UCAGAAACAAAUUUUGUUAUGAAAUGACAUGGAUUAACUCUGUUUUGGUCACUUGACUUUAAUAAUAGGAUUAAUACAGAAGAUAAUGUAUGUAACCUCUGUAAUCCAUAAGGAUUGAUUUUUGGCUUUGUGACUUUAGAAAAUCACAUCUGGGACGUUUUAUUGAAUUAUAGGAAUGCCAGUAAGUGAGAGAAUGCUUCAGAAACCAAAGCAUGUCAAGAUGAACGGUGUGUCUGUCUUUGAGUCUGGGGACUGGAGCGACGACGCGGUCAGGUCAGGCUCUAACACAGGAUUUUCUGAUCCGGAAAAUGAUGAUGACUCCAGAAAAAAGGGUAGUCAAAGUUAUAAGAAGUAUGAUCCAGUGAAUGCAGUAAUGGACAAAAUAGAUGCUGAGCUCUCAUCCAUGAAAAGCUACAAUGGGUCAGUUCAGAGCACAAGGGGAGAUAAAUCACAAUCCUUAAAUCAAAAUGGUAACACAGGAAAUCCCAAAGAGAAAUCUGAGCGAUACAGGAAGGUGCUGGAGCCGCCGUCCUCUGGAAUGGACAUGUCCAGGAGUCCCCACAUCAUCGGCACCGCCGAGAUCUACAGUGAUGCUGCAGGAGCUACUGACGAGGAAAGACAGAAUGCCCCAAGUGAUCUAGACUCUCUCACUGCACAGCAGUUGGAUGAGAAGUUCAAGGAAAUCAUGAUGAAGAAAAGAGGAAACUACCUCGACAAUUUGAGGGCCAGCUACCCUCAGAGUGACACGGAUACCAUUAGGACCGAGGACUUUGAAAAGAAGUUCAAAAGUGCUAUGGUUUACAACUCGGAUGACUCAUCCACUAUGGUUCUCUCGGAUGAUGAUAGAUUGGAUGAUUCUCUCGAUGAAAGUUUACCUCCAUUCCCGAGUUGUGUUGUUGAUCCACCCCUUAAUACAGGUGCCAGAUUACCAGAUGUAUCUGAGGAAACAGAGGCUACAACUAAACCGAGACUCAGUCUGCAAACCAAAACACUUGCUGCCCUGCAUCCAGCAGUCCCUGUUGUUCCACAGAUGGAGAGAUCCGGACGCAGUCGGAAGAGAAGAACUCCCUACACAAGCGAUGCAGAGUCAGUCAGAACGGAGGAAUUUGAACUCAGAUUCCAGGAUUUAAUAGUACCACCCCAUUCUCAACAGAGUGGUCAGGACACGGGCCAGGAGAGUGAGCCAGUUGACCCCCUCCACAGAAAAGUACGGGAAAUCCUCCGAGUCUCUGCCCCAUAUAACCUUCAGAUGUAUAGAGACUUAAAUAAAUCCAAGUCUAGAAAUGGUUACCAUAGAAAUAAAGCAUAUGAAAAUGCCAAGUCAGAGGAAAGGCCGGUCACCAAGAAAGCCCAGCCUGACGGCAAAGAGGCCAGGUUAAGCAGGGAGGAACUGGCACAGGAAUCCGAGCGGAUUCAGAGGGAGAUGGAUGACAGAAAAUCCAAGGGACCUCCAAUCCGUCGGGAGGAGAAAUCCCCCACCCGCACUGCCAUGAACCUCUCAACCUCAGCUAUUAAUAGGUCUCCAUCUUAUGAAGAGCUGAGAUCUCAACUACCUCCGGGCUGUCCCAACUCCAUUACUGGCAGAUUCAGCCCCUCCCCCCAGGAGAGGGGCGCCACUUCCUCAAGUCCCUCCCCAGCCAGACAGAGGACUGGGGAGGAGGAGGGUCGUCCGAUGGAGCUGGAUGGUCUCCCUAGUUCUCCCCGCGACUUUAUAAGGAGGCCCAGCUCACCUGUGGAACGGUCCAGGAAGUACUCUGAUGUACAGAAUCCAAGCACUGCACUCAGGAGCUUUUCACCAGACAGGAUGGCUGAUAUCCGAAUGGAUUCUCCAACUAUGACAAGUUCUCCAAGGGAAAAGAAAACUCGUGCAUCUGACAGAGGAGAACCAGUCAACAUGGAACAACAUCGAGAGCCUGAGCGCAGUCGACAACUGGUUCGUCCUAAAUCACGAAAACCAAUUGACAGAUAUGAUGACCAGGAUAGUGAUUUUGGUGAAGCUAUGGACAAUUCUUUGUAUGAUAGGCCUAACACUAGUCAGACAUUUAAUCCCAUUACCAGCUCCCCUAUAGACAGGGGGAGAACUCGCAGCAGACGCUCAGAUGCCUACGAAAAAUCAGAACAGCCAAUGAGCAGGAGUCUUUCAGAGAGACCUUCGUACAGUCGGUCACUGUUUCAGAAUGAGAGAAGUCAGACUUCCCCUGAGAGGCCAAGAUCUUCACAUGAAGGGCCAAAUGAUUCUUUGGGACGAAUCAGUCCCAUACUUAAUGGCAGGGGCUCUCCGAGGGCUACAGAAGAAAAAUUGUCUGUUUCAUUCCAAGAUUAUCCUCCGCCAGCACAGGAAGAGGGAAGAAAAUCCCCAUCCUAUUUAGAUCUUGCCUACAACAAGGAGAGACCCUCUUUUCGUUCAGAGUGGAUUGCCCAAGGAUUGCCUUCCAGACAGCCAGACAAUGAGAAUGAACCAAAGUCCUUCAAGAGAGCGUUGCAUGAUGUGAGAACGGCAGAGAAACAGCUGAAGGAGAUCAAAGCCCUGACUGAAGAUGCUAGGACACAGCUAAUGCUGACCGAGUUUAAGAGGGACAACAAACAGAGGGACUAUGAGAGGAUGAGUGAGGACCUCAACAGGCGCAAGCGGGAGCUCAAGAGCUAUGAGGACCAGCUCAGGUCCAGAACCGGCGACAUCCUACAGAUGGACCAGUCCCGCCUGGACGACAAGACCUUGGCCCUGAUCCAGGAGAACGAGAGUCUGAAGCACCGACUGAGACAGGCAGACGGGGUGGAACUGGAGAGAGAUGAGCUGGUCCGGCAGCUGGAGAUGGCCAAGGAGGACCUGUUCAACGAGCAGAAGCAGGCCCGCCACAAGACAGAGGAGCUCAAAGACGAAAUAGAAAACCUGUCCUGUCAGUUAGAGGAAAUGAAAGGUCCAUUCCCUAUGAUGGAUCCAAGGAGAAUCAAAGAAUUAGAGGAUGCCCUGACAAAAGUGGAGCAUGACAAAACCAACCUAAUCAGGGAUAAAGCCGAGCUGUAUGAGGAGCUUCAGAAAAUGUCUCAAUCCUCCAAGCCCCAGUACCGGCCUCUGUCCGGGAAGGCUGAGGAGCUGAGGGCACACCUGGACAAGGUUUGUGUGGAACUAGCAGACGCCAAGGAGAAGAAUGGAAAGGUGGAGGAGACCAAUGACAGACUCAGGGAGCAGAUUGGUGAGCUAAAAAGGCAGUUAGAAAGGGAGAAAACUCUGAAAGAUGGUCUCUUGGAUGAUCACAAACAUACUCUACAGACACUCAGGAAAGAGAUGGACACGGCCAUGGUUCAGAUGAGAGAGAACAUGUUCCUGGAGAAACAGAAGGCCAUAGAGAGCAUGAGAGAGGACCUUGACAAAGGGAGGUCAAAGACCGAGGAGAGGCUACAGCGGGCGGUCAUCGAUCACCAGAAGAUCCUCAAGCAAAAAGAAGAAGAGGUUACCUCGUUGAUAGACGUUGUAGGGAAACUAGAAAAAGACAGGUCCCUGUUAGAAAGGAGGAUCAAAGAUGAGACAGAGCAGAAGGUACAAGAGGCUCUAAAACAAGAGAAGAUGAAGCUUGAGAAAGACCGGGAGUUUCUGAUGAUCAGGGAGAAGGAACAGAAUGAGAGUCGUCAGACACUGAAGGAUCUAGCUAAUGAAUUGGAGCAGGAGAGACAGCACAAGGGCACCCUAAUAGAGAGGAUCAGUCAGUUAAACAGGGACCUUGAGGAGCAGCGGCAGAUGACCAAGCAGGCAGCUCAUGAUCGCAUGGUGGCUGUGGCUCGAGCCAAGGACCAGCUGAAGCAUGAGAUGCUGCAAGAGAUGGACAGAGUCAGGGAAAAACUUAAGCAGGAACAUAAACAGGAAAUAGCGCGACUACAGGACACGAUACGCAGGCAGGAGGAGGAGUUGUGUAACCUGCGAGCGGAGAGGAAGCUGUACGUCCGGCCGGAGCUGGAGAACUCACUGGACCGUGUCGAGAGGACCAUUGUCAAUGAAAUCAACGAGGAAUGCAGACGCAACUCAGGAAUUCUGGGAAACAAUCCCAGAAAGGUUAAUCUGAAAAACUUCCAAGUAGAAAAUGGAGGUUACACUCCCAAUGGCAGAAGUAGAACCCCAACCACAGCAGCACUGAUUCAGCCCACAGAACAUAAAGAGGCAAACCUUCGGGCCUGCAACCAAGACCUACGUAAUCAUGUGUCAGAAUUGAAACAAGAAUUAGAACUUCAGAAAUCAGCUCUAAUGAGAGUGGAACGAGAGAAGGAUGACAUUGUACAGAAAGUAAAGCAGGAGAUAGAGGUGGAGAAGAACAAGGAACUGGACAAGAUGAAGCAGAGCUUGAUAAAGGAACAGGAGCAAAAACUGCAACAACAAGAGCAAAGUUAUAAUGAGAAAUAUAAAAAAUGCUUAGUGGUAAUAAAACAGAGAGAGGAGGACUUACAGACUGUACAAAAUCAGUAUGAUAAGUGGAGAGAGACCACCGACUCCAUGAUGAGUCGCAUGGAACACACAAUUCUUAACUCAAGGCAAUACAACAACAAACUGGGAUCUUCUCCCCACUAUGAGUACAGCCCUCGGGGUGAGGUCCAGAACCACGAGAUAUCAAGGCUCGAGAGAGAAAUCAGGAGACUUGCUGAGAACCAGAAACAAAUGAUUCAACAAAAUGCUUCCACAGUCGAAGGUGAAAUCAAGAAUGAAAAAAUGAUCAACCAACUGAAAGCCAAAGUUGCCCUGCUGCAGGAUGAAAAUAGUGCUCUCAAAAGCAGCAAGUUCAACUCCUACUCUGUCCCAGACCUGUCUAAUCCAUCACUCUAUCGUACACCCCUGUCCCUGCCCCAGCCCUCACACCGGGAGAAGCUGGCUCAUUUCCUAGAGCAGCGGUCCAAGGAGGGACUAAUGGACAGUGAGACAGUGGCCCAGCACCAGCGGAUGAACCGGAACAUGAUGUCACAGAAGAUGAUGGAGAUGACACGCCUCCAGAACUCACUGACUGACCAGGCAAAGAGGACACCAAAGAACAAUUGGAUUUGAUACACCUUAGCAAAUCGUAUCAGCAGCUGACUAAACGGCCAGCCUCUCCGAUGAAGGACCUCAAUACCACGCACUAAACACAGGAAACGCCCUGUAGAUCUUAUUGUUCUCUCACCUGUAUGUGUCUGUUUCAGGAUCUGAUUUACCUGGGGAGGUCAUACGGUAACUUGGACAGGUAUUAUCACCCCCGUGAGGCUUGGUACUCUGUCCACGACAAUAACCACUACUGAUAGUACUCAUGUUCUACUGAUAGUACUCAUCUUACAUUACUUGUAUUGACAUCUGUGUAGUCACCGAUUCUCAAUGGGACACGUGCUUCAUGUGUAAUCAUGGAAUCAGCAUUAUAGUGUUGUAUGUAUUGCCAUGGUCAAAUACUGUGACGUUGCAAGAAUAAACAUUACAUGUACAAUGUAUGCCCUGGUAAGAUCCACAUCAACAAUUUUGCAAGAAUAAUGAAGAAUUUUUAAAUCAUUUGUUUUCCCUUCUCAUUACAACAUAUAUCUGAACACCUAUAUUUAUUAUGCUAGAUAUUUUUGCAAUAACCUCAUAUCAAGUGACUUCCAUGUACAAUGUUCAUAUUAAUUAAUAUGUAAAAGCUCUCUAAUGUCUAUGGAUUAUAAUUUUUUUUAUGUUAAAUACUAGAUUGAUUACAUGUAAAUAUUGUAGCUACUUUCUUAUCUUUUGAUUGUUAAAAGUAGGUAUUUUUAUUAAUUCAUAAUUUAUAAAUAUUUUUUAAUCAAAAUGUUUUCAUAUACUUUAAAAUUAGUAUGAGUUGGCAAGAUUUUUUUUUUUCAUUUAGUAUUGCUUCUUCCGUCCAUUUAGAGUUCUACAAAUGUAUUCCUGUAUUUAAAUGAAAAUAUAUUUAUUGAUUUCUUUUAAAAGCGUAUAUUCAUAUAGUUUCUGUGCCAAACUUUUUUUUCAUCUUUGGUAGUCAUAUUUAUAAAGUAUAAAUUAUUAGAUACUAGAGUUGAGCUGGAGGCAGAUCUGAGAUUGAACGUUGCUGUAUAUUAUUCGCUUUACGUGUACCGGUAGUUGCUUUUCGUGGCGAGUCUUUGAAAAUUUUUUUUUAAUUUUACAAACCCGACAGAGAUGUCUAAUUCUCUGAUGAUCCAUCAGCUGUCUGUGAUAUUUUGUUCCGUCCAUAAAAGGAAAACAUAGUGCUGUGUCGUAGAAUAGGAGUGGUGAAUAAAAGCGAAUGCAUGUGUUGUGAGUAAUUGAGGGUAUGAGUGUUGACAUAGAAUAGGAUAUUGCAAUUUUUAGAUGUAAUUAGCUAGUGGGUUUUUUUUUAUAUUUAUGCAUUAUUUGCAAAAUGUAUUUAUGAUAUUAUUAAUACAUGUAUAUAUUACAAAUAAAUAUGAUAUAUGUUCAACUUAA